GCCGCCAUGCUGGGGCUAAACCACACCCCCGUGUCUGAAUUCAUCCUCAUCGGCUUCUCCCCCUUCCCCCACCUUCAGCUGAUGUUCUUCCUGCUGUUCCUGCUGAUGUACCUGUUCCCGCUGCUGGGGAACCUGCUCAUCAUGGCCACCAUCUGGAGAGAGCGCAGCCUCCACACGCCCAGGUACCUCUUCCUGUGUGCUCUCUCCAUCCCCGAGACCCUCUACACCUUCACCGUCAUCCCCCGCAUGCUGGCUGACCUGCUCUCCACCCACCACUCCAUCAGCCUCACAGCCUGUGCCAGCCAGAUGUUCUUCUCCUUCACGUUUGGGUUCACCCGCUCCUUCCUGCUUACCAUCGUGGGCUACGACUGCUACAUGGCCAUCUGCCACGCCCUGUGCUGCAAAGUGCUCAUGAGCCCUGGUAGCUGUGCCUGCCUGGUGGCCUGGUCCUGGGCUGGUGGCUCAGUCACGGGGCUGGUGGUGACAAGGGCCAUUUUCCACCUCACCUUCUGUGGGCUCAGUGAGGUCCACUAUUUCCUAUGUCAAGUGCCACCACUGUUGAAGUUGGCCUGUGGAAAUAAUGUACCAGGUGUGGCCCUGGGCAUUGGCCUGGUGUGUAUCACAGUCUUAUUGGGCUGCUUGCUCCUCGUCCUCCUCUCCUAUGCUUUCAGUGUGGUCACCAUCUUGAAGAUGCCAUCAGCUGAAGGUCGGCACAAAGCCAUCUGCACGUGUGCGUCUCACACUAUUAUAGUCGUUGGGCACUACGGCUUUGCCUCUGUCAUCUACCUCAAGCCUGAGGGUCUCCACUCUUAGGAAGGCAACACCCUGAUGGGCAUCUCCUACACGGUCCUCACACCCUUCUUGAGCCCCAUCAUCUUCAGCCUCAGGAACAAGGAGCUGAAGAACGCCAUGAAGAGGACCUUCCUCAGCAAACUCUAUCCCUCCAGCAUCUGA